ACCGCCCCGCCCCUCGUAACCUCCACCUUCCCAAUUCCUCUCGUCUCGCCUCAGCUCGCCGCCGCCGCCUUCGCUGACCUGCGCGUACCGGUACCGGUUCGAAACCGCACGGCUCCUCUCAACCUGUUAUCCGGGGCUUGGGCGUUGCCACCUGCGCUGCUCUGCUCGUCUCGUCCCCAACGAUAUGGGGACGGGGCGGCGGCGUGGGGUCGUGGGCGACGACAGCGACGAGGAGUAUCUGAUUGAGGACGAGGAGGAGCUCUGUGUCUCCAGUGCCGCCGAGGAGGGAGGGGGCUCGGACGCGGAGUACCAGGUGGACGAGGAGGACGGGGAGGAGGAAGAGACGCCGCGGCCGGUCAAGGGUGCGGGCAAGAGGAAACCGAAUCCGGCCCCCGUGCGAUCUCGGGGGCGGCGCAGGUACGAGGACGACGACGACUACUCGGAGGAGGAGGUCGAGGAGGACGAGGGGGCUGGCGAGCAGUACCAGGAAGAAGAUCCCCAGGAGGCGGAGGAGCCUCCGCGGCUCCACGGGGAAUGUGGUGCCCGCGGGCAGCCCCCGGUGAUCCAGCGAUCUAAUCGGCGGCGGCGGGAGGAGGACGCAGACUUCGAUCCCGACUUGGACGAGGGGGAGGAGGACCGGGACAUGGAUUUCGACCCUGAACUGGAGGGCGACAACGACGAGUGUGAGGAAGAGGAAUUCAAUCUCAGUCGCACCAGAAAGACGCAGCAGAGGAUUACCAACACAGUGCGCCGCCGAAUCCCCGCCUCAAAGCGGCGACGCGGGACAAAGAGGAAAAGCAGUUCCAAGGGUUCCAAGCGGAAGGCUCGUGCGGCCAAGCCAAGGAAAGCCGCACCUGCCGCGAGGCGGCGGAGAAAGCGUCCGGCCAUCGAGCGCUACGAGGACGACGACGACGACUUCAUUGUGGACGACGACGAUCAGGUCGAGGUGAGCCGGAAUCCAAGGAAGAAAGCCAGGUUCGGGAGGCAGGACCGUCCGGUGCCGGUCGCCGAGGCCGAUAUAUGGCCGGCUGUCGAUUCGGACACAUCAGAUUUCGAGUUUGGAACGUCUGACGAGGAUGCUGAGGCCCCGGUGGUUGAGCCGGUGAGAGUUGCGGCUAGGAAGGGGAGGAGAAAGAAGGCGGCAGGAUCAUCGUCAGACUCUGAAUUUCAUGUCUCAGAUGAGGAACUGAGGGUUGUCAGAGAGGAAGAGGUCACGAGGAAGAAAAGGGCACUCGUGUUGCAGUCAGACUCAGACUCUGAAUAUCAUGUCUCGGAUACGCAGUUGGAGGCUUCCAGAGAAACCGCGAGCAAGAAGUGUGUGUCAUCGUCAGAUUCUGAAUUUAAUCUCUCAGAUAAGGAAUUGGGGCAUGUCAGGAAAGAGACCAAGAAGAAGAAGAAGCAUAGGGUAUUCGUCUCAGGGUCAUCCUCUGAAUCUGAAUUCCAUGUCUCAGAUAAGGAAUUGGGGCAUGUCAGGAAAGAGGCCAAGAAGAAGAAGAAUAAUAGGGCAUUUGUCUCAGGGUCAUCCUCAGAGUCUGAAUUCCAUGUCUCAGAUAAGGAUUUGGGGUGUGUAAGGGAAGGAGAGGCCAAGAGGAAGAAGAGGGUAUUCGUCUCGGGGUCAUCCUCGGACUCUGAAUGCCAUGCCUCAGAUAAGGACUCCGGGGAUAAACCUCUGGAGGCUCAGCCUACGCUUCCCGUGUCAGUGAGGAGGAUUUCUCUUGCAAGAAAUGGAGAGGACAAAGGAAAGGAGAAAAAGGAAGCAGUGGAUGCUGGGAAGCAGACGUGUGGGAUAUGCUUCUCUGAGGACCAGAGGAUGACUCCGCAGGGCAUGCUGAAUUGCUGCUCGCACUACUUUUGCUUCCCGUGCAUCAUGGAGUGGUCUAAGGUGGAGUCAAAGUGUCCAUUGUGUAAGAGGCGCUUCACAACGAUUACCAAGUCAUCGAAAGUGGAUCUUGGCUUGGAGCUGAAAAAAACUGUAAUUAGGGUUGAAGAGCGUGAUCAGGUUUAUCAGCCCACAGAAGAAGAAAUAAGGCGCUGGUUAGACCCAUACGAGAAUCUUGUGUGCAUAGAGUGCAAUCAAGGUGGUGAAGAUAGUCUCAUGUUACUCUGUGAUAUUUGUGAUUCCUCAGCACAUACUUAUUGUGUUGGCCUGGGAAGAGAAGUACCUGAAGGAAAUUGGUAUUGUGGAGGAUGUAGACUCGCUGGCGAGGGGCCAUCGUAUCCUAGAAGACUUACUAAUAGCAAUUCUGCACAGGUAGCAGCAACUGCACCAAUUGGCAUAUUCGAAAGGUCACCUUCAAUCAACUCUUGGCAAACAUUUCAAGGGUUUGAUCUAAAUGCAUCACCUAGAGAGAGUUCUAGGCAAAAUCAUCCUGCUGAAUCACAAGCUUCUACCGCGGGCGUAUCAACUCCAUCUGGAGGAAGGCUUGCAACUCUUUCUCGAAGACGUGGAUGGAUGCGCAUUUUGCUGAAUAGACACAGACCAUCAGACGGUUUGGACUUGGGACAUAAUGGUGUACAGAACAGCGACGGUGCGGCAAGAGCUGAACCAGACCGCAUGAACUUCUUUGCUUCAUCAGACUCCAACUCGUUGCAGCAUAGUGGUUAUGUAUCAAGAAUUGAACAAACCCACAUAAAUCUUCAUGCUCCUUUGGAAGCCAACAGUUCACAAUUGCUCCUUGAUGACAUUCGGGACCAGCACCGCUUUUCUCCUUCGGUUCAUACUCCGAGAAAUUCAACUCCAUGCAUAUCUGUGGAUGGGAACAGUUUUCCAACAAACUAAAAGUGUCAAGUCCAUGUGCAGUAUAAGUCCCCAUUAGAAUGUCAUUCCAUUCUGUUAGUGGCUUGUGGAUCGAGCAUGACAAGGGCCUUCAUGUCUUCAUAUCCUCCCAGUAAUUGCGAUCAUGAUCUGCUUGAGACACCCAGUAUCUCACUCAAUAUAGCUGGCCGUUGUUCUUCAGCUUGUUUUUCAGUGAUGUAGUCAAUGAUAGAAAAUAGCAGAAAAAGAACAUGUCCUCCUAACAUUCCAUUUUAGCUUAGUCAUUUUUUGUUUUCUUAUUGGCAUUCAUUCAAUCCUAGAUACGGCCUCGAAUCCUCAAAGUUCGCGCAUUGACCAAAUGCGAUCAAGAUGUUUCUGAACUAUUGGACAGCUUCAUGUAUAUACAUUGGUGUAUUGGAGAAGCCAGAUCCAUCAAGAUUAUUCUUUCAGUUUCUGAUGAUGUUGCUCUUUAGCCCAUGAUUAACUGCUUUGCCAAUUUAA